AUGAACGUAACCCCCGUUGUCAACUUGAAGGCAUCCGACUCGAAUCUCCGAAAGUCAGACAUCUGGUUUGACGAUGGCAACGUUGUAACGGUGGCGGAGGAUCAUCUAUUCCGAGUUUACAAAGGCAUGUUGACAUCUGUAUCUCCGAUAUUCACAGGCCUCUUUUCCCUGGCUGUGGCACCCUCGAAUGACGCAGAGCUCUUCGAUGGCUGUUCUAUGGUCUCCCUUCACGAUUUGUCCGAUGACCUUUAUCCUUUUCUGAAAACCCUUUUCUUCUAG